UUGUAUAAACUCCAGUAAUGCUGACAACCAGCAUUAUCUUUGAAGGUGUAGAUAAAGUCAAAUGUUGUGUCUCCUCUGCCAGGAACACACAAUGCACUUUACUCACGUAAUCUCACUCAUAUUAACAGAAGUAACUACCAUACAUUUACCAUGAAUAGGAUGUUUUUUCAGCAAUGGAUUCAUACGAUAAAGUCAAAACUGAAAUACAGCAUCGAAAUUAUUUUAGAAAUAGAUGGAAUUAAAGGUGUGUUUAAUCUAAAAAUACUUCCACUUUUCACAGCUACACUUGCAACCAGUGGCAUGAGUUUGGCCUGGGACUGUCUGAAGCUGCCUCUUCGAUAGGAAGAGGAAGGCUUAGAGAAAACCUGUACACACAUCUCCCUUCGAGCCCUCGAUGAACGGGUGAAACUUCCUCUCCGUCUUCUUGUAUUUGGAAUUCAAUUAACAUUAAAGAUGGGUGAGUGGGACUUUCUCGGAAGACUGCUGGAUAGAGUCCAGACGCACUCAACGGUGGUGGGAAAAAUCUGGCUCACCGUCCUGUUUGUGUUUAGGAUUCUAGUCCUCGGCGCCGGUGCCGAGAGAGUUUGGGGCGAUGAGCAGUCAGACUUCAUCUGCAACACAGAGCAGCCAGGGUGCGAGAACGUCUGCUACGACCAGGCGUUCCCCAUCUCACACAUUCGUUUUUGGGUGCUGCAGAUCAUCUCGGUGUCCACACCUACUCUGGCCUACCUGGGCCACGUCGUCCAUGUCAUACAUGUCGAAAAGAAAGUGAGAGAGAUGAUGAAGAAAGAGCUUCAGAAUGAGCAAAUCAAUCUGUUUCUCAAGAAAGGCUACAAAUUUCCUAAGUACAGCAGGGACAAUGGGAAGGUUAGCAUUCGGGGGCGUCUCUUGAGAAGCUACAUUCUGAGUUUGCUUUGCAAGAUACUUUUAGAGGUGGGUUUCAUCUUAGGUCAGUACUACCUGUAUGGCUUCACUCUUCAGGCCCAAUUUGUCUGUGUCCGUUUUCCGUGUCCUCACAAGGUGGACUGUUUCUUAUCAAGGCCUACUGAGAAAAGCAUCUUCAUUUGGUUCAUGCUGGUGGUGGCCUGUGUCUCUUUAUUCCUAAAUGUGAUUGAGAUCUUAUAUCUUUUUGUCAAGAAGAUCAAUGAGUGUCUCAGCCGCAAAAAGGACUACACCAUCACACCCGUGACCCCGGUUGUGAACAGGAAGGACUUCAAAAAUACAGGUCAGGUGAUUCAGAACUGGAUGAACCGUGAGCUAGAGCUUCAGAGGAGGGAACCUGGCAAUGAGGCAACUAAGAGUGUGGUUUCGGAGGACCAUAGUGCUGACGUGCAAGAGGUCCAUAUCUGAUCCGCAGGUCUCUGUACACAAAGGCUUUCACACGGUCAACUUGAGCAAACAGCCACUGAUCCAAGUGACUCGUGCAUGGUCGAGACCCCAAACUUCAAGCACGCUAUGACCCUCUCUCUCUAUUUAACAAAUCAAUAAUGUAUUGCUGAAAGUUCUUAUCUGGUUUUGUUUUUUUCUCAUUUAAGUCGGAAAUUGUACUCUGUAGAAAGAUUUGAUAAAAUAAAGCUUCAAAUUGUGCA